AUGGCAAACCAAGAUCAAGAAAGGACCUUUGGGAUCACAAAUAUAAAAACACAUAUCCCCAUUGUUCUAGACUAUGACGAUCACAAUUACGACGCCUGGCGUGAGCUCUUCCUCACUCACUGCUUAGCGUUCGACGUCCUAGGCCACAUCGAUGGAACCACCCUCCCUGCGAACGAUGACGACACUGCCUGGAAGAAGCGUGACGGUCUGGUCAAGCUAUGGCUGUAUGGCACGCUGACUCAACCCCUAUUCAAAUCAACGUUUCAGACUGGAGGCUCAGCCCGUGACAUAUGGAUACGCGUCGAGAAUCAGUUCAGAAUUAACAAGGAGUCUCGCGUAAUCCAGCUGGACCAUGACCUACGUACCACAGAGAUAGGCGAUCGCACAGUUCAAGAAUACUGUCAAACCCUCAAAGGCAUCGCCGAUCUCUUAGCCAACCUUGACGCACCGGUAACAGAUCGCACACUUGUGAUGUAUCUUCUCAAUGGCCUAAAUGAGAAGUAUGACAACAUCGUCAACGUCAUCAGACACAAAGACCCCUUUCCAUCCUUUGACUAUGCGAAGUCUAUGCUGUUAAACGAGGAAACCCGACUCAAGAAAGGCAACAAAGGAACUGUUCCCGCAGACACUCCGUCCUCAUCAACAGUCCUUACGGCUUCAACAGACAAACAGCAAGCUCCGCAUAAGUUCAACAACGGGAACCGGCGACAAAACAGCAGAGGACGCGGACGUGGUCGUAACUACCAGCAACGAUCAUGGAACAACAACUAG